AUGAACAAGGAGGAAGUUACACUCAGCAAGCUUCAAGGACUUCUGAAGACCGCCGAAAGUGGUCUUAAAGGUAAGUCGGUUGUUACUCCUACUACUCCUACAACAACCCCUGUUUUGGCUAUCGGGCAAGGCAAAGGGAAGAAGAGGAAGACCCAUUCGAAGGGUACCAAGGGAAAGUCUCUUGAUGGCUCCUCAUCAAGUGGAACCAAAGGUGGUUCUGCUACUCCUUCUGCCAUCCCUAAGGAUGUUGAUUGCUUCUAUUGCCAGAAUAAGGGGCACUGGAAGCAAAAUUGCCCAAAGUACUUGCAGGAUGUCAAGGAUGGGAAAGGCCUAAGAAGAAGUGAGGAUGUGGAGCACGGGAAGAUAAAUUUAAUCAUGGCGAAUAGGAAGGCUUCACCUGUUACCAAGAUUGGAGUUUAUACUUUGUUGCUAAAUAGUGGGUUAAAGUUAGAUUUGAACAAAUGUGUUUACUCGACCAAAAUGGCGAGGAAUAUUAUUUCUUUUCAUGCAUUACCUUGUGAUGGUGUGUAUGAAACUGUGUCGGUUGUAGAUUACCUAGGAAAUAAUGUGUUGUGUAUUGAUUCCUUUACUAGCUUGGAUAAAGCAUCAUUGUGGCAUUGUCGUCUUGGACAUGUAAGCAAGAAACACAUAGGCCAACUCCAAAAGGAUGGAGUCUUGGAGUCAUUUGACCUAAAGUCAGAUGAUAGUUGUGAAUCUUGUUUGCUUGGGAAAAUGACAAAAUCACCCUUCACUGAUUAUAGUAGAUAUGGUUAUGUCUACUUAAUCAAGCAUAAGUCAGAGACUUUUGAAAGGUUGAAAGAGUUUAAACAGGAAGUAGAAAAUCAAUUGGACAGGAACAUUAAGAUGCUUCGAUCCGAUCGAGGUGGUGAGUAUGUUAACACAGAGUUCCUCGACUAUCUUAAGGAGUGUGGGAUUGUCUCACAAUUGACACCUCCCAGGACACCACAGUUGAAUGGUGUGGCUGAGAGGCGUAAUUGA